AUGGAAGUGGGAAAUCUCACUAUCCUGACUGAAUUCAUCUUGGUGGGCUUCCCAACAGAUCCCUGGUGGCAGCUGAUUCUAUUUGGAAUAUUUCUGAUGCUCUACUUGAUAACUUUGUCAGGGAACACGACCCUGGUUUUCUUAAUCCACAUUGAUUUCUGCCUGCACGCACCUAUGUACUUUUCCAAUAGCAAUCUGUCAAUCUUGGAUUUUCAGUACGCUUCUGUGUAUAGUCCCAGAAUCCUGGCCAUUUGUGACUCAGAAUAUAACUGCAUCUCCUUGGCCGGGUGUGGGGCUCAGUUGUUCUUUUCUUGUGUUGUAGCCUUCACUGAGUGUUACCUCCUAGCAGCCAUGGCAUAUAACUGCCAUGUGGCCAUCUGCAACCCAGGACUUUAUUCAAGUGCUAUCUCCAGUUCUCUCUGUGCUGCAUUCGUUGCUGGCUCCUACAUAGGAGGGUUUUUGAAUGUCAUAGCCCAUACUGCCAACACUUUCCACCUGAGUUUCUGUGGUAAGAAUAUCAUUGACCAUUUCUUAUGUGAUGCACCACCAUUGGGGAAAAUGUCUUGUACAGAUACCUAUGUCUAUGUAAAAGUCCUCCUAGGUGUGGUGGGCUUCACGGUCCUCUUCAGCAUUCUUGCCAUCUUAAUUUCCUAUGUGCACAUCCUCCUGCCUAUCCUGAGGAUCUGCUCAGCCUCAGGAAGGUGCAAGUCCUUUUCUACCUGUGCUUCUCACCUCAUCUCUGUCAUGCUCUUCUAUGGGUCCUUGCUCUUCAUGUACUCAAGGCCAAAUUCCACAUACCCUCUGGAAAGAGACAAAGUGGCUGCUUUGUUCUCCACCAUGAUCAACCCAUUGCUCAACCAUCUCAUCUAUAGCCUGAGAAACAAAGAUAUCAAAGAGUUCUUCUGGAAAGCAUUAUAG